AUGACCUACGUCUCAGAUGAUCCCAGUUGGUGGCCGGCAAUCGAUUUCAAUAUUCUUUUCAGCUAUUGGAUAGUUUCCACGGGCGUCGUGGUGGUAUACGAUUGGGUCUUAACACUUGGACAAGAGAUUGAACUCAUCUGGAGACAACGCUGGUCUCUCAUGACCCUGCUGGCGUUCACUAAUUGGGUGUUUUUAGGCACUAUGACGUACUACGCAAUAAAUGGCUCAAAUGUGGCUUUGACUGCCAUGUUGGGCGUGAUCAUGAUUGCUCGGUUGCAUGCCAUGUAUCAGGGAUCUAGAAUGAUGCUUAUCUUCCUUGUUAUUAUCUUCCUGGCUGUAAACAUCGCCUGCGGAGUAAUCGCGGCAAUAGGACUCAACGAUAUUGUACUGGAGGAGUUCAUACUCUCUGGCAUAUAUAUUUGCGGUGAUGUAUAUGGAGGGGAAGGCCAUCUUCUGCCUUCAAUGGUUUGGAUGCUCAACACUGUUUGGGAGGUCCUCGCACUGUGCCUUUCAAUCUGGGUUGCUGUAAAACACUUCCGUGAGCUACGACGACUCGGCCCAUCUACAGGAUCGACCAUCGGGGACUGUUUCAGAGUGCUCAUACAAUCUCACGUUCUUUAUUUUGCAAGCUUUGUUGGUGUUUCUUGCCUCCAGCUUAUUAGUCUCUCUCUAGGAAUCACGAAUUCGGAUUCUAUUGGAGUUUCGAUACUCGGUGGUGCUGUUCAAAUUUUAUUGGUCGUGCAGAUGUUUGUGGUGGGACCACGUCUCAUCCUGAGCGUUCGAGAAUACCACGCCAAACUCGUGGCAUACUCCGACGCAGAAACUAGCAUGAAUUCGAUUGUUUUCCAGGAGCAUGUACAUGUAUCAACUAGCAGUACUGUGUAGGGGAAUGCUUGCCGAGCGGUCUGCAGGGAAAAGAAAUUUGGUGGAG